GACCACAAUAAAAGGCACACGAUGGUAAGGUGUUGUUAGUGUCGCAGAACAUCAGCUAAACUAGACAUGUCUUCAGAAUCUGUGGACACACAGCCUCCGCGGAUCAUCCUUGUAUCCGCUGCACCAAGUAUCAGCGAGCCAGAUGCAGAGCUACUGACCAUGGAUGAUGAUAGCAUGAUGUUCACGGUGAGCCUCACCGACCCUAUGGACACAGGGGAGAGCGCCCCCUCUCAUACUCGCACCGCUAAGGACACGGAGGAGAGCACCCCCCCUCAUACUCGCACCGCUAAGGACACGGGGGAGAGCACCCCCUCUCGUAAUCAUGCUGGUACCAUAGACCCGCGGGAAAUCUCUGAUCUUCUCCGAUCACGGCCGACUAUUCGACGAGGCAAACCAGAGCGAUGUGCUACUGUCAUGUUUGAUAGGAACGACCCUGUGUUCAGGAGCGUCCAGUACAGGAGACCUCACACCACUGGCAUUAAAGUCCGUCGCAGAAGCUCUAUGCCGCUCACAGGGCCUGAGAGAUCCUCCGCCUCUUCCAGUAGUAUCAUUAUUGAGGAUAUUGAAGAGGAGGUGUUCCAGGAUGACAAUGCCGCCUUCGCUAGAGGUGAUGUUCGGAGGUCCACUAGAAGAAUCAAAGACCGCAUCAAAACAUACCAGCAAAAUAUGGUAAUGCCUAAAGAGGUCAGGCACAGUGUUAUUGCUGACUUCAGAUAUGUGAAAUGGCCCAAAUUGAAGAGUAGGUUGCAAGUCAUUCGCUCCUGGGAGCUAUGGAAGGGACAUAUUAAAGAGGUCGAAGGUCAUUUCGGGACGGCAGUAGUCUCGUACUUUAUCUUUCUUCGCUGGUUGUUUGUCAUGAAUAUCAUUAUCUUUGCUCUGUGGUUUGGGUUUGUGGUGGCUCCAAACAUUGCAUACAUCACUGUUGCUCAACCUCCCGGUAUCCCCUCCACCCUCUCCUGUUCCUAUGAUCCCAUCCUCAGCCCUGCCCCAAACUUCUCCUGCAUCGAGAAUCUGACCGCAAACACAUCAUCAUCAGAUGACAUAUUCUACCUCCCCACUGGCCUAGGUUACACCUGCAAUAUAACCACCGACGACGACACCUUCAGUAUACGCAGCUGUCUAUACGAUGAGAGAACAAUAGGGGGUGUGGCUGUGGGUGUGGCUUACCAGGAGAGCCCUGAAGUCCUUACGGCCAGUAGAAGCGUACCAACUGAUUGUGUCUUCACAAAUGCUUCGAAUGUUUCAAUGCCACGAAUGGUUAGACUCUGUUCCACAGAUAUUCAACCACAUGUAGAAUGGUAUCAGUAUGUCAUUGACUUCUUCCUUGGAGAGGGGUUGUUCAAUGAUACUGUGUUGUUUCACGGUCGCUAUAGCGAUAGCAUCGUGCUCGUGUACAACUAUCCUCUGGCCUUCAUGCUUCUCAUUGUGGUGGUCUACACUAUCAGUGUCGCACUACUAGUGUACAACCUUGGACAAGCUUACAACGAGAACUACUUACAAUUUGGCAAGAAACGACAAGUCAACUUCUGCAACAAGGUCUUCUCUGCCUGGGACUACAACAUCACUGACUCCAAUACGGCCAAACUCAAGAAAGUGCAGAUCAAAACAGAUUUAGAGGAAGAGUUGGCGGACUGGGAGGAGCGUAAAAAGCGUCGUACAGACGAGGAGUUAGCCAAAGUGAUAGCGAUUAGGAUCUUCACCAACCUACUGACAGUGGUACUCCUGCUUGGUGGAGGUGUGGCCAUCUUCUUCGCUGCUCAACUCAGCUUCAACACUACUUCGACCAAUGGCGCGAUAUCACUGGAGGGGCUGUUGUCUCCUGUCAUCAUCACAGCCUUCAAUAUCAUUCUCCCGUUUAUAUUCUCAUUCCUUGCUCAGUUUGAGCGUUUCAAGACGCAGAGUGGAGAGAUCAAGAUGACACUGUUCAGGACAAUCAUAGUACGUCUGGCCUCUCUGAUUGUGCUCGUAGGGACCCUCUUCAUUGUCAUCCAGUGCACUCAGGACGUGGAGACGCUGCUCAGUGCUGCCUCAGGGGGGCUCACUGACAACACCUGUCUCUCCUUCAGAAACAUCACUGAAGCACUCUCAGGCCUCAGCAAUACUACAUGCCCUGUGUGUUGGGAGACCUACAUUGGACAAGAGUUCUACAAACUUGCCCUCACUAACUUCAUCAUCACAUCCGCUUCAGCCAUUGCCGUGGAAACAGGGAGAAAUGUCAUCUCACGGAUUCGCUGGAAAGGUAUUGGAGAGAAAAUUGGCAAGGCAAAUUUCAACAUUCCCAAGAGCAUACUGGACCUUAUCUACACUCAGGCUUUACUAUGGCUUGGAUUUGUCUUCACCCCCCUCUCCCCCGCCAUCAUUCUAGCCACCACUUUCCUGCUCUUUUACGUCAAAAAAUACAGUCUGAUUUGGAACCUGGUCCCGACCAAGCGCAAGUCGUUUCGUGCAGCGAGAACCAACUUCGUCUUCAUUGCUCUGAUGUUGGGCACUCUGUUCAUGGUCAUCAUUGUUAUAGGAUUCGCCAUUGCAAGUUUGCGUCCCAGCAGUAAUUGCGGUCCAUUCCGUGGGCGUACGUACAUGUAUAGUAUCAUCACCGACUUGAUUGCAGACAUUGAGGAUUGUUCUGGUAGAGCAGCUCUCGAAUAUUUCGGUUCCUUUGGGUUCCUGAUACCUGUGUUCGUAUUUCUAACGUUGAUAAUUUAUGCUCAGCAAGUGACCUUACAAGCCAGAAAGAAGAGAUUUGAGCUUAUCAAGAAACAGCUCAUCCUGGAGGGGGCGAAUGUGACCCACAUAGUGGGUACUCUGGACGAUGUGCUCAGUAGAGUCACUGCAACCAAGGAGGCUCACUUGAGCUACAUAGAUCAGGACAACAUCAAGACGAGGAUGGAGCGUGUGCGUAAUAGCAGUGUGGGCACUGUAGAGCUCGUGUCCCAACUGUAACUCAUCAUUCAAGAAUAAACUCAUCUACUAUAGUGACACUUUUAACUCAUUAAUUUGCUCAUAUUUUUUAUUCACAGUAGUGUUAGUUGUGUGCUCGUUAAUAUUCAUUAUAAGUAUGUGUGUGAAAUGUGAUAAUAAAAAUUUAAUCAUUAUUUGUGAUACCUAACACACUCUCAAAUAUGUUUUUGUUAACAAUACGUCCAUAUCUCAAACUGUACAUGAAGUGAGUUCUUUCUCCGA